GGGUAUCGCGUGGCGGAAGAGGCCCGAGGAGUUCCGAAGACCCCGGAAGUGGCGCUGCCGGCGUCCGGACGAGCGGGAGGCAUGGCUGAGUCGUCCUCGGAGCGGGAGGCGGAGGCCGAGGCGCUGGCGGCAGCGCGUGAGCGGAGCCUGCGUUUCCUGAGCGGCCUGGAGCUGGUACAGCAGGGCGCCGAGGCGCGCGUCUUCCGCGGCCGCUUCCUGGGCCGCGCGGCCGUGGUGAAGCACCGCUUCCCCAAGAGCUACCGGCACCCGGUGCUGGAGGCGCGGCUCGGCCGGCGGAGGACGGUGCAGGAGGCGCGCGCCCUGCUUCGCUGCCGCCGCGCGGGGAUAGCCGCCCCCGUUGUCUUCUUCGUGGACUGUGCUUCCAACUGCUUAUAUAUGGAGGAAAUCGAAGACUCGGUGACCGUUCGAGAUUACAUUCAAUCCACCAUGGAGACUGAGAACAACCCCCAAUGCCUCUUGGCCUUGGCCAGGAGAAUUGGGCAGGUCCUGGCUAGGAUGCAUGACGAAGACGUCAUUCACGGGGACCUCACCACCUCCAACAUGCUCCUGAAACGGCCCCUGGAGCAGCUGCACAUCGUCCUCAUCGACUUCGGGCUGAGCUUUGUUUCUGGACUGCCGGAAGAUAAGGGUGUGGACCUCUACGUCCUGGAGAAGGCCUUCCUCAGCACCCACCCCCACACCGAGGCUGUGUUUGAAGCCUGUCUGAAGAGCUACGGUGCUUCAUCCAGGAAGUCCAGUCCAGUGCUGAAGAAGUUAGACGAAGUGCGCCUGAGAGGGAGAAAGCGCUCCAUGGUCGGGUAGCAGGGUUGCUGUGACGACUGUCUCACAGUGAGAAUGCUGUGCACGGCCCGACCUCAGGCUUUGUUGUUGUUAAGUGGCCUGUGGCCGUGCUGCGCCACUGUCAUCUGGGUUCCGCUGAUCUCCGGAGCUUAAUGUACAUAAGGCCUGUUCAGGCAGAACUGGCUGAGUAGCCCAGGCUGGCCUCAGAUUGGCUGUGUGUGAGGAUAAAUAACCGUGAGUUGAUCUGCAUCCAUUGGAGUGUAGGUGUGUGCUCUUAUACCUGGUUUAUCAAUGCUCAGGGCCUCACACAUGCCAGGCAAGCACUCUGCCAACUGAGCUACACCCCCAUCCCUAGAACAGGGUGUUUCAGACCAAUCCAAACAGACUUUCCUCCAAACAGUGGUUUGUGGAUGUCAUGCGUGGCACGUGGCAUUGAGCUCAGAACAAUACUCUAGUACUGAGGGAUAAAUGCGGACUCAGUUUGGGAUAGCGUUUCUCUCUCUGCCCUCUAACCUGGUAGGGUUUUGUUGUGUGUACGAAGACUGUGCUAAAACCAGUUUAGUGGGAUAUAACCUCACUUUCCAAGAGCAGAGUAGACUCUGGGACAUGGUGGACUGCUUUCAGAAGCUUGUUUCAGGUGUGUAUUUUUACAUGGGUGUGUUUGGAGUUCGCUAUAAAAGGUGAGGGGCUGGAGAGGUGGCCUUGUGGUGCUCAGUUCCAAAGGACUCUGGUUCGGUUUCCAGUGCUCCAACUCCAAGGCAUCCAGUGUCUCCUCAGGCACCUGUACUUAAGUGCACACGCCCCUCCUCCCAAACACACACUUAAUUGCAAAUAGUAAGGAUAAAUUCUUAAAACAUUUUUGGCAGUUGCAAUAAAAAGAUGAAAAAAUA